AUGGACGAGCUAUUCGAUGUCUUCAGCGAGGCCCCUGGCAAGCGCAAUGCGAAUGAGGAGCGGGAGAAGAAGAGCAAGAAGAGGUCUCUGAAUGGCGAUGUAAAGAAUGGCAGUGAUGCGCCUAUGUCAGAUGCGCUGGACGAGGAGAAUGGCGCUGCGGAUCGAGAUGAGGAGCAGGGUGACGACGCAUCAGAGGACCGCAAUCAGAAGCGUCAACGCCGAGAGGACGAGCCAUCCGCAGUGGUGACCGAUACCUUCGAAACUGAACAAUCACGAGAAGUCGCAGCGGCGGCUGGUCUACAAGGUCAAAAGGACGACAAGGCGGUCGUGCUUUCACAUCAAGUGCGCCAUCAAGUCGCAUUACCGCCGGACAGCGACUACAUUCCCAUCUCACAACAUAAGCGACCCGAGAAGCCCGCGCGAACGUGGCCCUUCACUUUGGAUCCCUUCCAAGAGGUGUCAAUAUCAUCUAUCGAGCGGAAUGAGAGUGUGCUGGUAUCGGCGCAUACCAGUGCGGGAAAGACGGUUGUGGCGGAGUAUGCGAUUGCACAGUGUUUGAAGAACAACCAGAGAGUCAUCUACACAAGUCCGAUCAAGGCUCUGAGCAAUCAGAAGUACCGCGAGUUCCAGGCGGAAUUUGGCGAUGUUGGUCUGAUGACUGGAGAUGUUACCAUCAAUCCCACAGCGACCUGCUUGGUCAUGACGACCGAGAUUCUACGAUCUAUGUUGUAUCGAGGCAGCGAGAUCAUGCGAGAAGUGGCGUGGGUGGUGUUUGAUGAGGUGCACUACAUGCGCGACAAGACUCGUGGUGUGGUCUGGGAGGAGACGAUCAUUCUGCUGCCCGACAAGGUUCGAUAUGUGUUCCUCUCCGCCACGAUUCCCAACGCCAUGCAAUUCGCCGAGUGGAUUGUCAAGACGCACAACCAGCCCUGCCACGUGGUAUACACCGAUUUCCGACCGACACCUCUACAACACUACUUCUUCCCAGCCGGAGCCGACGGCAUCCACCUGAUCGUCGACGAGAAGGGCACAUUUCGAGAAGACAACUUCAACAAGGCCAUGGCCGCGAUUGCCGACAAAGCUGGAGAUGACGGUACAGAUCCCAUGGCGAAGCGAAAAGGCAAAGGCAAGGACAAGAAGAUCAACAAAGGAGGGCGAAAAGACGGACCAACGGAUAUCUACAAGAUCGUGAAGAUGAUCAUGAUGAAGAACUACAAUCCUGUCAUUGUCUUCUCGUUCUCGAAGCGUGAUUGCGAGAACUAUGCUCUGCAGAUGAGCCAGCUCGCUUUCAACGACGAGUCGGAGAAGGCUAUGGUGUCGAAGGUCUUCUCUUCUGCGAUCGAGAUGCUGUCGGAUGAGGACAAGGAGCUGCCACAGAUUCAGCAUCUACUGCCACUUCUGCGACGAGGUAUCGGCAUUCACCAUUCUGGUCUACUCCCGAUUCUGAAGGAGACGAUUGAGAUUCUGUUCCAAGAAGGUCUGAUCAAGGUCCUCUUCGCAACAGAGACCUUCUCCAUCGGUCUGAACAUGCCCGCAAAGACUGUCGUCUUCACAUCUGUGCGCAAAUUCGAUGGCAUCUCAUUACGAUACGUCACACCCAGCGAGUUCAUCCAAAUGUCUGGACGUGCUGGACGAAGAGGUCUCGAUGAGCGUGGUAUUGUCAUCAUGAUGAUCGACGAGAAGAUGGAACCUGUUGCGGCGAAGGACAUUGUUCGUGGAGAGCAAGACAAACUAAACAGUGCUUUCUACCUCGGAUACAACAUGAUUCUCAAUCUGAUGCGAGUGGAGGGCAUCAGUCCGGAGUUUAUGCUUGAGCGAUGUUUCUACCAAUUCCAGAACGCGGCUUCUGUCAAUGGACUGGAGAAGCAAUUGGUCGAGCUUGAGCAGAAGAGGCUGGAUAUGAUCAUUCCAAAUGAGGGCGAGGUCAAGGAGUAUUACGAUCUGCGACAGGCUCUGACGAAUUACGCCACGGACAUGCGCGAGGUCAUCACACAUCCCCAAUAUCUCCUCAAGUUCCUGCAAGCUGGUCGCCUGGUCAAGAUCAAGUACAAGGACUACGAGUUCGGGUGGGGUGUUGUGGUCAACUUCAUGAAGGUCAAGCCGGCUCGCGGUCAGAAAGAAGAGGAUAUCAAGGCUUCGCAAUCAGUCGUUGUCGACGUCCUGAUGAGCGUCGCAGUCGAUGGCGCAACACCCCAAGUCGGCGCAAAACUGACCGAAGACCUCCCACCUGGCGUCCGACCCCCUGCACCCGGCGAGAAGGGCAAGAUGGAAGUCGUCCCCGUCAUGAACGGCACAAUCGACAGCAUCGGCCACAUCCGCGUCUUCCUUCCCAACGACCUCCGCACGCAAGAACAGCGCAACACCGUCCGCAAGUCCCUCGAAGAAGUCUCUAAGCGCUUCCCCGACGGCAUCGCCAUCCUCGACCCGAUUGAAAACAUGGGCAUCAACGACGAAGGCUUCAAAAAACUCCUCCGCAAAAUCGAAGUCCUCGAACACAAAAUGCUCAACCACUCCCUCCACAACUCCGACGCCCUCCCCGCUCUUUACGAUCAAUAUCACACCAAAGUCCUCCUCUCGAAUGAAAUCAAAGAUACCCGCAAGAAAAUCAACGACGCCCUCUCCGUGCUUCAACUCGACGAACUCAAGAACCGCAAGCGCGUGCUCCGCCGGCUUACAUUCGUCAACGACCAGGACGUCGUGCAACUCAAAGCCCGCGUCGCGUGUGAGAUUUCCACCGGUGACGAACUCGUGCUCAGCGAGCUGCUCUUCAAUGGUUUCUUCAAUGAUCUCCAACCGGAAGUCUGCGCUGCUGUGCUGUCAGUGUUUAUCUUCGAGGAGAAGAGCGACGACCCCCCGAAUCUGAAGGAGGAACUCGCCAAGCCUUUCCGUGAGAUCCAGGCUCAGGCGAGGACGAUUGCGAAGAUCAGUAUGGAGAGUAAAGUCCUGGUGAAUGAGGAGGAGUAUCUGCAGGGGUUCAAGCCGCAGCUGAUGGAGGUUGUUUAUGCAUGGACUAAUGGAGCGAGUUUUGCGACGAUCUGCAAAAUGACGGAUGUCUAUGAAGGCAGUCUGAUUCGCUUGUUCCGUCGACUGGAGGAACUGCUGAGACAAAUCGCGCAGGCGGCGAAGGUUAUGGGCUCGGAGGAAUUGGAGCAGAAAUUUGAACUUGCGCUGACGAAGGUGAGGAGGGAUAUUGUGGCGGCGCAGAGUUUGUAUUUACUUUCUCGCGGUGCUCAUGCCCUCGAUGUUCGCUAA